AUGUCUGAACUCACUCACCCCACUAUCAAGGAUGGAUGGUUCAGAGAGAUAUCCGAUAUGUGGCCCGGGCAAGCUAUGACUUUGAAAGUCAAGAAUAUUAUCCAUCACGAGAAGAGCAAGUACCAGGACGUCUUAAUAUUUGAAUCAACUGAUUAUGGGACGGUGUUGGUGCUCGACAAUGUCAUUCAGUGCACCGAAAGAGAUGAAUUCGCCUAUCAAGAAAUGAUCACCCAUCUUGCCAUGAACUCACACCCAGAUCCCAAGAAAGUUUUAGUCAUUGGAGGAGGUGAUGGUGGUGUUCUUCGUGAAGUUAUAAAGCAUGACUCUGUCGAAUCGGCUAUCCUUUGUGACAUUGACGAGGCUGUCAUCCGCCUCUCCAAAAAGUAUCUUCCGGGCAUGGCUAUUGGUUAUCAGCAUCCAAAGGUUCAGGUCAAUAUUGAAGACGGUUUUAAAUUCUUGGAGAGUCGACAAAAUGAGUUUGACGUUAUCAUAACCGAUUCAUCCGACCCAGAGGGACCAGCAGAAAGCUUGUUCCAAAAGCCAUAUUUUGAACUUCUCUUCGGCGCCCUCAAAGAAGGCGGCGUUAUUUCCACACAAGGUUCUGAAAACCAAUGGCUUCAUCUCCCCCUGAUCACUAAACUAAAAAAAGACUGCAAGGAAGUCUUCCCAAACGUGGAAUAUGCAUACACCACCAUCCCUACAUACCCCUCUGGCCAGAUCGGAUUCAUGGUCUGCUGCAAGGAUGCAGAGAGAAACCUCAAAACGCCCCUCAGAUCCUUUAGUGCUGAAGAUGAAGAAAAAUUACUCCGCUACUAUAACUCCGACAUCCACAAAGCUAGUUUCAUUCUCCCAACUUUUGCACGCACUGCUUUAAAGUAG